AUGAUGGAAUCCAUCGUCCCUCGCGAAAGUCGUGCAGGUUCCGGAUCAAGCUCUACCAGCAUUGCGAAAGUGGAUGAUCCUGAACAUGUUCGUGAGGUAGAGACCGGAUGGGUGAAAGAGGAGUUGGACUCGGGAGAGAUAGUGGCGAUACGGGAUCCGGAUGAUUUCCCAGAUGGUGGGAUACAGGCUUGGUCGGUUUGCGUGGGGGUAUCACACAAUACAGAUAUCCUAGCGAAUCUGAUCUCCAACUAUCAGGCUUUUCAGAUAUAUUAUGAGACUGUCCUACUCAAAGGAACCUCAGCCUCAGUCAUCGCGUGGAUUGGGUCUCUACAGGCCUGCCUAACCUUCUUGGUCGCCGUUUUCGCUGGUCGCCUCUUCGACAUCGGAUGGUUCAAGGUCCCCAUCCUCGCUGCUAGUCUCCUUCUGGUUGUAGCCACAAUUCUUGUCGGAGAGUGCACGGAAUACUGGCAACUAUUUCUAUGUCAGGGUCUUGCUACGGGAAUUGCUACAGGAGCGAUAUUUGGCCCCGUCAUGGCUGUCCUAUCGCAUUGGUUCAAGCGCAGACGUGCCACUGCACUCGGUGUCCUCGCGUUCGGAUCGUCCAUCGGAGGAACUAUUCUUCCCAUCGAAUUUCGCGAUCUUGAAGUCAAAAUUGGGUUCAAAUGGACUAUGCGAGCAUUCGCCCUGAUCCUCUUGUUCUUCAUGACAAUCGGCAACCUCUUGGUUAGGCGGCGUUUGCCUCCUGUUAAAGUUCAAGGAGGAAUGUUCAAUCCAAGCGUCUUCAAGUCUCCCGCUUUCUGCAUGUACACGGCGUCAAGCUUCGUGGCGUUCCUUGGACUCUUCACCGUGCUCACUUAUAUUGGUGUAAGCAGUCCAGAGCAAGGCGCGAGUGAGAACAUGGCAUUCUACUUAGUCUCCAUAGCUAACGGUGCUGGUGGUAUUGGGCGACUUGUGUUCGGUGUUCUGGGCGACCACUGGGGUCCUAUGAAUGCCAUGGUACCACUGACGAUUCUGACCGCGAUCACAACAUAUGCGUGGCCCUUCGUCUUCGGCCAACCCUCACUCAUUGCUAUUACUGUAUUUUACGGUAUUGGCUCACAAGCCUAUAUCGGCCUCCUUCCCACUGCCAUGAUCAAUUUUGGCGAGACCGCGGACGUAGGUCGGCGUAUGGGCCUGUACAUGUCUCUCAUCGCAUGCAGUACUGUGGUUGGUCCGCCAAUUUCGGGCGCUAUUCUUGAAGACAGCGGCAAGUUCGAUGGGGUUGGGGCUUGGGCAGGUUCAAUGAUAGUGCUGGCGUUGCUUCUUUUACUAAUCACGAGAUACCUCGUGCUUGGUAGGUUUUGGGGGAAGAUUUAA